AUGAAGGUGCACUCCGAAGGACAGGUCGGACCUGAUAAACCAGGGCUGAUUCGAAGGGUGAGCCGAAUGAAUUAUGUGUGUAUAAAACAAUAUCUGACGUUUUUUUUUUUGGGCGAGGCGUAUAGACUCGGGCAAAGUCGGAAUGGUGGAUAAUGGCCGCUAAAAGGGAGAGGCUCAAAAAAGGCCGCAGAAAGGCAGCAAAAAGGCAACGAAAGGCAGCAAAGAGACUCCCUUCAGCGAGCCUUCCAUUUUUCUAGGAUUUUAAAGGCUCGAGAAAUGGUGGAGAAAGGGAGAGCCUUCAUCACCCUAAAAGGAACAUUUCUAUGGUCCUUUAUGGACCCUCGGAGGGUCCUUCCGACUUUGCCUAUGGAGUAGAAAAUGAUUAUCUGCCAGUUUCCUGAAACUCGAAAAUGACGUCAAUCUUUUUUUUACUCUGAAAUUUUUUCUUAUCUAUCCUUUUUUAAAUCUAUCUUCAUAUAAAAUCUUAUUACAUCAAGAGAGUCAAAAUAAAUAGAUUUCUGGCAAGUUUCAGGCCAUCUCCAUUUUCAAGAAAAUGACGGAAAAUAAUUUCCCCUUAUUGCAUAUGGUCUCUGGAACAAGUUUUUGUGAAAUAGGUAUUUUUAAAUCUGUGACGUGAUUUUUUUUUUUAAAAAAAUUCGAGACGAAUAAUUUUUAAGAGCCAUCUCGAAAAACUGAGACGAGAUCGAGCAAGAAAAUAUUUAGAAUUUCUCAAACGAGAAUUUCGCGCCAUAUAUAGUCUAUUCAGAUUUUGAACGUGAAGCAGCUUACUCCGCCCCCAAGGCUACAUCUUACGCGUCAAUGUUUUAUCUCAGAUGUUGAUGAACCUUAAUAUUUAUUUUUUUGACUUUUUUUAAAAAUCUUUUAGGACAAAAAAGAACAAAAAUCAUUUCGCGCGAAAAAAAAAAGAAUCGACGCGAAAAGUUACUGUGCCAGCAGGGGCGGAGUUAGCUGGUUAAAGUUUGAAAUCUGAACAGGCUAUAGACCACUAAUCCCUGCAAGAAGAAAUAAAACUUUAUAAAAGUCUUUGGAGCAAAUAAUCUGACGUUUCAAUCGAAACAGAAGUUUUUGAAAAGUUUCGGUGCCCUUUUGAUUUUGAAAAUCAAUGAGAAAAGUAAACGGUGAAACAUAUGGUCAAAACUCGAAAAAUAAGGCUUGGCUGAGCUUGGAUAAAAUAGAAAACUUUUGACGGAAAUUGCAAAAAUGAAAAGCUGCAUAUGCAGCUCUACGUGGGGUGCAUGCGGAAAGAACAAAUUUGCGCGUCGCAACGCUUUUCGAAAUUAAUCAAUUAUUCAAGUCAGUUUUUUUGUACAUAACAUAUUGCCGUGUUCAAAGUAAUUCCGCGAAAUUCAAAAUAGCUGUCAGAGAAAGAGAAAGAUAACUAAGUUUUGGAGGGUCAGAGACCAUUUUGCAUUUCGCGGAAAUUACUUUGAACACGGCAUAUGUUUCCUUGUUAUUCAUACAAUUUGAAACUGUUUCCAUUCGUUUAAAUCAGUUUUAUUUUCAUGAUGGUAAUAUAGUAAGUACAUUAAAAAACGAUUUUUUUCUCUCGAUAAAGAACAAGGGGAUAGAGGCGCAUGCGCGAGUUGCAUUUUUAGCUUUACCCUUGCAACCCUGCCUUAAAGGCUUUCAAUUCGAGCCAAAAAAAUAAUUUUUUUAAAAAAAGCUCUUAUUUUAUUAUUUUUUUCACAUUUUUCGGUUGAAUUUUCCAAAAAGUUUUGUUUUUUUAUUGGAUAUCGUUGCCUCACUCUAUGGGUGCCAUUCAUCUGUUUCAUUGGGCUUUCAUUUUCAAAAAGUCGUUGGCAAAGAUCAGUUUGAACAUUUUACUUAAUUCGAAAACUUCAUGUGAAAGAGUUUUAAAUAAAAUAUAUAUUCGAAUAUUCGAAUAUUCAAAAUAUUCGAUUUGUGCUCGUCGAAUAUGUAGUUUUUUGUUUGUCUCGGACAAUGCCCUCAUAUUUCUCGAAAAUAUCGCGUUGGCAGUGAGUUCUUGCCUCGAUUUUUCGAAACGAGACGCUUAAGAUUUGACACCAGAAAAGAGAUUGUUUACGUCUGAAGACCAGGCUACAAAAAUGCUGGAAAAUGGGCUUAUAUGAGAAAAAAAAAUUUCAAUUUCAGCAUAGCAGGCUCUUCUGAAAAGCUGCUUGAAAGAUCUCUCAACAUUUUCGAUCUAUUUUUUAAUGUAAAGCUGAUUCACGGUUGGCUUGUGCCACCCAAAAAAGGUCCUGGCAUGAUAAAAAAAAAAACAGACAGUGCCUGGUUGGUGUGGAGCGCAGACACGCCACGCCUUUUUGCGUCUCAAGCUAGCCGGCUAGCCGUGAAUCGGCUAUAGAAUUUCUAGGUCUACGGUAUGGUCUGCUCAGAUUUUGAAUCUCAAGCAGCGAACUCCGCCCCCAACAACGCUCUGUGGAUGACUCGCUCUCUAAUUAGUUGGAUAUACUCGUAAAGGGCGGAGUUUGAGUGAUGACUUGACAUUCAAAGUCUGAACAGAAAUAGAUGUAAAAAAAAAACUUCUCUCCCCACCUUGCUAGCAUUUUUUCUCGAAUUUUUAAAUUUUUAAUUGCAAUUUGUAUUUCAGUUUGUGGAGAACAGACUAAUUGGAAACUUCGACUCUGAAGAUUUUUCUCCAGCAUGGCGAAAGAAGUUUUCGCAUGCACCCACUUGGUGCGAUGCCGACAUGUCUCUACAGCAAAUCCGACGCGUUUGCUGUUUUUUUGUUUCUUUUCUCAGCUUUCGGUUAAGGGAGAAGCGCGCGGCAACCGCAUCGCUCUCUACGCCAGAGCCUUUUUCCAACUGUGGCUUUUCCGAAUUGGUUGCUUCGUACAGAGAUAUGCUUGGUCCACCGUACUUGUUAGGUAGUUUUAACUUUUAAAUGUGGUCUAGCUUUGGUUUUCAGCAUGAUCUUGUACACUCUCUGCUGUAGCGGGCUGAAAGAAGUCAUAAUUGAAACAGAUAUUGUCAAGUUAUGGGUUUCACGUGAGUUCGCGAAGAAAAAUGGUUUCUUAGCAAAGGUUUCAGAGGGUGGACGACUAAACGAAGAGCUCAAUUUUUUGGCAAAUGUUCAGGCGCAUGCUAAUCGAGUGAGUUCUCUCCUCAUACAUCUCAGAAAUAUUUUCUCAGAGUUUGACAUCACAUCGCACUUUUGCGAAUAAGUUUUCAGAAAAAAAUUAUAAUAUAUAAACAAAUACACACCGAUACAGUUUUCCUUUUUUAUUGCAGAAAAGUAAUUUUUAAAAAAUAAUCUGAAAUUUUUUAAACGAUUUUCCACUUCUAAUAACCUGAUCUACAGAUCAAAAGAGAACUUCCAAUAAACGCGACGAUUGGAGCUCCUACUACACAAGCGCCUCAAAGACGAGGUCCCGAAAUACCAAAAGAAAACGGUCUCGGCGGAGGUUUCCAGGUUCGAAACUUCGAUCUUUGAGAAUCACUAAAACUUCAACGGGUAAUGACUAGAGCCUGAAAAAAAAAAUAGGAAACGAAAACUGAACGUGUUAUGAGCCCGUCUUUCUUCCUGGCCGGCCCUUUGGAACUCGACCAAUCUUGCAAGUUUAGGUCGUUAUUCAAACUCCAUCUUAUCAAGGCGAAGAUGUUCUAACCAAAGAAGCGCUUUUGAGGCACACAGCUCUGAUGGAGGAAAUCGCAAACUACGAGGUCCACAUGUGGGGAGAGUGAGUUCCUCUGCUACGUAGCCAGCAAUGUCUCCUCCAUUUCCAGAUCGUGGAAACUAUCUGACAUUUGCUUCAAGCCCCCAGGUCCUUCGUUCAACAGCGGACCUUUGGCCGGACUCAUGUCCAAGCUCUUGGACAAGAUCAUCCCGUGCAUUUGGAUCACCCCGAUCGACUGCUACUUCGAGGGCGCCAAGCCUCUCGGACCGAGUCCCCCGCUCAAUCUCGGGUUUCCCUGCUCUUUCAUUUUAAAUAAGAGAAAUAUCCAGACCUGAAAUCGCUGGAUUCAUUUCUUCGCUACCGCCAGGCAACGUGACCUGGAAAAAUUUGAAUCCGACUUCUGUGAUCAAGGAAGUCGGCCAACUCUUUGACCUGGGGCCUAUCGGAAACUUUUUCGAACGAGUAAGUUUUGAAAAGUCUGUCAAUAUUCCACUACCUGAAUCAAAGGCUGGGAUCGACGGGGCUUACCUGGAUCGCCCCUGCAUCGACCCUCUCGAUAGCGAAUGUCCUCCUUCUUCUCCCAACUACUUCGAUCGUUGCGGCGCAUACAAAAAGUUCCAAACCUGGAACAUGGCCAAAAACAUGGAUGAACAAGUUGCUCAGUCUCAAUUUUUCUGACAACAGUUUUCGUUGGUAGGUGAAGCUCGAGAGAAAAAUCGUGCAAAAGGAGGACAAAAAAACCGACGUAGCUGAGUCAAUUCUGAACGAUUUGUUCGGUUUGUCAGUUGAAGAUUUCGGCUAAGCUGGUUUUCGCUUCAGGAAAAAAACGGAGAAAGCGGGCAACCGAUGGGGAGAAUGAAAAGAAAGCGAAGUUGUCGGGAAAGAAAGACGAAGAUUAUUAUGCCUACGAAGACGAUGCAGAUUACAACAUCGACGGCAUAGGCAACUUCAGUUGGAUUGGAGUUUCAGAUAAAUCUAGAAACAGAGAUUUAAGCUAGCAAAAAGAAGGUGGUCGUCGACACGAGCUGUUUGGAGUACGGAGAGUCUCUUCUCGCCUGGAUGCAAGCCAAUCCUGACCGACUUGGCGAGUUUCUCACUGAAACCGAAAUGCCACAGUACCCCGAUUACGGAAAGGUGUGCAUGUGGCGGUUGAGAGGUGGUUCAUGUCGAUUCCAGGUGAUGACUGGAGGAUGCAAAGGAUUCGGAAAGAAGAUUAUGGAGUGGCCCGAAGACCUCAUCAUCGGCGGGAUCAAACGCGACGGAAACCGGCUCAAGUCGGCUGAAGCGCUUCAGAGCGUUUUCUUGGUCUCCAGUCCCUUUGACGUCUACCUACGAGUCAAGGUAGCGUUGCUCGUGUAGAAGAAUUUUUCUGAGAGCUGUUCAGUUCGUGAACAUCUUUGCGUUUUGACAGGAUGGAAAGUUUAUUAUUAUCAAAAUGAAAGUUUGUUCUUAUUAUAUAGUAUCGUUGAAAAAAAUAUAAAUUCCAGCGAUAGUCUUUAAAAAAAUAUUCAAAAAAAGGGUUCUAAAAAGUAAUUUGAAGCUGUUUUUAUUAGAAAAAGUAGAAUUUUCUGCAAAAAGCUCUUACCAAAUUCUGAUUUCUAAAAGGGAAAGUUGAAAAAAAUCAGUACUUUUCCUUAUUUCCAAAAAGGAGUUAAAAGUUGUUUUUCUUUAGUUAAUUUGCUGAAAUUGUUCAAAAUCUGUCUUUUAUGUCACCCUUCAUUGUACUUUUUAUUCGCCUUCCUUUCAAAAACAUUUUUUUCUGAAUUUUUUCUUGAUACCUAGCAACUAGGAACGAAAAGAGUGUCAUACAAACUUGUUUUCUUUGAAAACAGAAAAGAUUCAUUUUUGAUAGAAAAGUGUUUCCACAUUUGAAGGAAGACAAGUCGGACAGCCAUCCAGCCUUGAAUCGGGCGCAGUGGAACCCUUACAUGGCCCAGGAGGUGAUCGUCGCCUGGCAGAGGAACUUCACGAAGAAGAUCUACGGCCACGAAGCCAACUUCAAGGUUGGAAGGAUCGACGUCAUCUCUUAAGUCCGCUCUUCAGACCGAGGGCCAUCGCGUCUUCCAUCCGCUAGCCUCGACGUCCAUCGCCGACAUGCUCGAGGAGUUCUCCCAGUUCAACUACGUCAUCAUCAUCGUCGGAUACGUGUUGAUGGUGAUCCUCAUCGCUGAGAAGUUCAAUAAUCGCAAGUUGAGGUGAUCUACGCGGCUUUCACUCAAGCCAGAAUCGACGGACGAUGGCUAGCCAUCCAAUCGAACGUCAUGAUCGCCAUCGUCGGUGUGAUCUUGGUAACGCGGAUGUCGUGUUACUAACUCUGGAAAUACCUCGUUCAGGUUACGUUCUCGUCGAUCUGCGGUCUCGGACUGGCUACUACUCUUGGCAUCAACUUCAACGCAGCCACCACCCAGGUUUUAAACGCACGAACGUCCCCUUCAAAGCUCAUUUGAGGUCGUUCCUUUCCUGUCUCUUGGCCUUGGAAUUGACGACAUGUUCCUGUUGUUGCAUAACUACGACGAAAUCAUCAACAUUUGCAACAAAAACGAGAUUGGAGUAUUACUCAAAGAAACCGGUUUGCUUUGAGAGUCGAUUUGUGAGUUAAUCGAAGUUCAGGAAUGUCGGUCAUGGUCACCUCGAUCAACAACAUUUUGGCUUUCAUUUCUGGUUAUGUUUUGCCGAUUCCAGCCUUACGUUCGUUCUGCUCUCAGGCGAGCUUUUAGAGUCUUUGGAAUGAGAGUAACUUCCUCAGGGCCUAAACUAUCGAAAAAUGUUUUAGACGGCGAUUCUGCUGGCAUUCAACUUGGUCUUCCUGAUGUUCAUUUUCCCAGCAAUCAUCGGCCUGGACUUGCGGCGUCAGCGAGCCGGGAAGCGCGACUUCCUCAUUUGCUCCCGCGGCAACGACGAUAAUCUGGCGCCGAGCGACAGCAUCCCCUCUAACGUCUCCAACGUGAGCUCUUACAGAGAACUAAGAUUACCAAAGGGAAGUUGAAGAUGUCCUCCAAGGCCGAGCUCGCUUCUUACGAUGUCAACACGACGACCGAGUUCAAGCGCCAUGAGCCAUGGUACACGGUUGGCGGCUUCCUCAAGAACAUCUACAUCCCAGCCCUGAAGAAGCCCAUCGUCAAGGUGAGGAAACUCACAGUUCGUUCUAAAGGGCGUUGCUAGGCUGCCGUUAUUCUCGCUACUGUAGCCGCUGUGAUUCUGGGACUCUACGGAAUGUACACCUCCACUUUGGGACUCGAGCUUGCUGACGUUUUGCCGGAGAGCACUCCGCCGGCAGCUUUCUUGAGGUUACAUUUCGACUUUUGAAUUCAUAUUUCUAGGUUAUUUCGCUUCCAAUUAGUAAAAAAAAGAUUAUUUUUGAAGCAUACGGAUUUUUUGGUUUUACAGAGCACGAGAGAAAUACUUCUCAUUCUAUCCCAUGUUUGCCGUCCUCCGUGGGGAAACGAUAGACGUCCCUCACCAGCAACAGCUGAUUGAAGAGUACCGCGAAGAGCUCGGUGAGGAUUCCUCUCUUCCAGUCGAGUUCGAUCAUUUUCAGGAAAGUCCAAGUUCAUGAUCAAAGCCGAGGGAAAACUUCAACCUUACUGGAUGUCGAUGCUCCGAGUUUGGCUCAAGUCCCUCGACACAGCUCUGGAAAAGGAAAUCGCUGCUGGCAAAAUCAACAUCACCAACGGACAACCGAUCAAAGUCAACGGCGAGGUACUCUUCUUUUGUUUCGCUGAGCUGAUCGGCUUUUUUUCAGAAACCAGCUCCAGAGGCGAUGAUCGCAGCACGUCUUCUCUGUUCCUUCGGUACAACCUACAACUGCGACGGAAGAGUUUUUUUUUCUGGACAAAACUUCUUUUGUGCAUUGAAAACAUUUUACACAAGAUUAUGUUCAGAUAACCCUCGAAUAUGUUUAUCUAGAAGAAAUAAGUUUAGUUGGGGCGAGGAAUGUUCAAAUAUAAAAAGUUUUAUAAAAAAUAAAAAGCUGCGUGGGAUGGUUUAUCUGCAUUGAGUACAAAGUUUUCCUUGUUGAAGUGAGAACAUUGUAAGCAACAGUCUUUGAUUUUUUUUUUUCAAUCAUCGGUUAGAUUUGUUUUGCGUCAUUAUUUCCCUCCCUUCAUUAGGCAAUUAACUCUUUAAAAAUGAGACGAAAUAGAAGAAGUCCGAGAUCGAAACAGUUUGAUUGCAGCUCGGGAAGAUGAAACUAGUGAAUGAACAUGACGUCAUUCAACCGGACGCUUUCUACAACUAUCUGACGGGCUGGUACAACGUCGACAACAUGAUGUACUACGUCUCGCAAGCUUCUUUCUUCCCUCUCCCUCCUGGCUGGGCCUACGACGAGGUCGAUCCCAUGGAGAUGAAGGCCAACAGCAACGUUUCCCUUUCAGAGUAGAAUCGAAGUUGUUCCUCCUGCGAGCCGUCUUUUGUAUUCGCAGAUCCCCUACUACCAAAACGACCUCGUUGACACUCCGGCCAUUGUGAAAAUGAUCGAGGUUCAAUAGUUUCUCAGCUGAAAUUUUACAUCAACGAAAAAAAACUCCAAAAAGCUGUUCAUGAUCCCAUGGAACUGCAGGAGAUCCGCGGCAUCAGCGAAGAGUUCACGGACCGAGGCCUGCCCAACUUCCCCUCCGGCAUAGCCUUCACUUUCUGGGAGCAGUACCUUUCUUUGCGGUUCUGAGUUCCCUUUCCACACACUGUUGAGACGAGGGUUCAGAUGGAACUUGUUGAUGGCCAUCUGCAUCAUCGCCUUCGCCGUCUUCACGGUCAUCUCCGUUCUGAUGUUCAACCCUCUGGCUGCCGCCAUGGUUCGAAAUUCUUUAUCGCACUGAGAUCCAACCAGAUUUCAGGUCAUGAUCAUCGUGGUCGUAAUCACGAUCGAGCUUGGCGGAUUUAUGGGAAUUAUGGGUAUCAAGAUGAACCCUAUUUCUGCGGUUACUCUCAUUUGCGCCGUAGGAAUCGGUUUGUCGAUUUUCGCGACGAUUUGAGGCAUAUUGAAAGAUCCGAAAAAUUCAUUCUGUGAAGUUUAAAUUUUUCUGAGUUUUUGCUCCUUUUUUCUGAUCAUUUGAAAGUUUCUGCUGUUACCAGAUGAGAAUCCGUCUAGGUUUCCGGAAAAUCUCAUGUUUCCUCUACUAUAUUAUGAUAAUAUGCAGGUGUUCAGUUUGACAGUUUCAGGUGUCGAGUUCACUGCACACGUGGUUUUGGCUUUCCUGACAGCGCUAGGAACUGUGAACGAUCGACUGGAGUCUUGUCUGCAGCACAUGUUCGUCCCAGUCUUCCACGGGGCCAUCUCCACUUUCCUCGGUUUGCUCACGAGGGGAACGAGUCCAAGAUUUGGUUCCUAGGAGUGGUCAUGCUUGUUUUCUCUGAGUUCGACUUUGUCGUCAAGUACUUCUUCAACACGAUGACAGUACUCGUCUUGCUUGGCGUUUUCAACGGUUUGACGUUGCUGCCAGUCUUAUUGACGUUGUUCGGUCCUGAUUCCGAGGUGCAGCUUGAAUUUAGCUUUGCUCUAGAAUAAGUAAAUGCUCAGCUGACUCCAACUAGUGGGGAAAGUUCGUUGCCGGCGCCGCCGCCUCUUCGCCAGCAACUUUCCGGAAAAGAUAUCUACUCCGAAGACGGCCUGAAGCGUAGAAAACCUAACGGAUCUUCUGAGGUUUUGGUUACUACUUGAUGGGAGAAAUAUUUUGACUCAGGUGGAAAUGGAUUCGCGAGCGUCUGUUUUCCGACCAACCACUGAAGAUGCUUCCAAGAUGAAGUAG